AUGUCGUUAUCAUAUAUCAGCUUUUUCUUAGUUUGUGCUGUUGCCUCUGCUGUUCCCCGAUGGGAUCAUACACCAGCGGAACGAAUGAGACUUCUGGGACCAUUGGCUUUUGCCGAUAGUCGCAUCAACUUCCCAUGCAAAACAUUAACUCCCUCACCAACAGUUCCUACAUCAGUUCAUGCUUUACGUGUUGCUGAUAUUCAACAUAUUGCCGCCAUGGGUGACAGUUUAACCGCUGCUAACGGUGCUAAUGCUGUUACUAUUAUUGCUCUUCUCGUUGAAUAUCGUGGUCUCUCAUGGAGUAUUGGUGGUGACAACAAUCUUGACAAAACUGUUACUUUACCAAAUAUCCUCCGUAAGUUCAACAGUAAUCUCAACGGUUUCUCAACUGGUACUGGUAACCAAAAUGCUUCAAACGCUAACUUCAAUGUUGCUAAGCCUGGUGCUGUUUCAGCUGAUAUGCCCGGCCAAGCUGAUCUCUUAAUCUCAAGAAUGCGCAAAGCAUUGGGUGACACACGAUUCAACACUGAAUGGAAAUUAGUCACAUUCUUCAUUGGUGGCAACGAUCUCUGUGCCUACUGCAAUGAUAACGCUUAUUACAGUGCUGCUAACUACCGUAAUAACAUCAAAAUCGCACUUGAAAAAUUAUACAAUGGCAUGCCACGUACUCUUGUCAACUUUGUCACUGUUCUCAACGUCGCUGAACUUGAAGAUUUACACGAAGGUGUUGUCUGUCAAAGCAUGCAAGGAUUCUUAUGCAAAUGCGCUAUUGAUACCGCAACACGUAAUGUCACUCGUGUAGCCAACUUUGAAUAUCAAAAACAAACCAACGCUUUAAUUGAUGAUCCAACUUUCUGCAGUGGUCGUGAUGAUUUCACCAUUGUUCGUCAACCAUUCAUGGAACACAUGAAAGUUCCCUCAACAGCCGCUGGUUUAGCUGAUUUUUCAUAUUUCGCUCCUGAUUGUUUCCACUUCAGCAAAAAGGGUCAUGAAGCUGCUGCUGUCGAACUCUGGAACAACAUGAUGCAAAAAGUUGGUCAAAAAACAACCCUCUGGAACUUAUUAGAUACUCUUCACUGCCCAGAUGAUGAUAACGGAUACAUCUAUACUACAAAAAACAGCAAUUAA